AUGACUUCUAUUCCAAUAUCUAUUAAAUAUGGUGGAACAACUUAUCAUAUGCAUCUUGAUAAUCAAUCAGAUAUAUCCAAAUCCGAACAAUUUAAUCUGAUAGCAAAUCAUAUACAUAUACCAUCGGAUCGUUUAAAACUAAUUUAUAAAGGCAAACGAUAUACAAAAGAGAAUUGGCAUGAUUUAUCUUUAAUAUCAAAUAUGAAUUUUUUAAGUAUUGGAGAACAAAAUGAAGAUGAAACAAAUAUUGAUACAAAAGACAUCGAAUGUAUUAUGCAUCAAUUAAAAGUCGAUCGAAAUACAGCUGUUCGCUCUUUAAAACUUCAUCCGAAUACUAUAGAUGCGAUUUUAUAUUUAGGAAAUAAAUAA